UAAAAGAGAGAGCAGCAGUUGGACUGCAGCUUUCCACACAUAAGGAUAGAGUUUAUGUAUGAAUGUUUGCAUGUGAAAGCUAGUUGCUAUGUUUGUGAGGGGAUUAGACUAGCAACCACCACCAUUUCUUUCAGUGGGUAUUGGUGCUUUUAAAAGAGUGGUGGGGGAAAGGAUUCAUGCUUUGCUCUUCACACAUGGGUAGCUUCCUGCAGGCAGGUGCAAGCUCAGCUACUUGUAAAUGUAUAUGAUAGGACAGUGCUGCUAAAUGCUACACGUACAGUGGCUGCAGUGUUGGAACUUCUAAGGCGCCCGUCCCCUAUGGUGAAGAUGAGUCGGGACCCCGUGCAGGUGAUCAGCGGACAGGUCAAAGAGCUCCAAGUUUCUUCCAAUGGGGAUAACAGAGCACCGUGGGAGGAGACGCAGGAGUUCAGUCAAGACCACCCGGGCCUCGCCGCCAAACCAAAACCGGUGACAGGCAGACGGGCCCGCAAGGUGGAAGGAGGCGUGUUCUUUCCUAAGCCAGAGAAUGCAGUGACUGUUGCCGUUUCGACAAGAGUUCUGUUCCGAACGGAACGGGAGCAGAAAGUGUUCGAGCAGCACGGUGUAGAGGAGUACCUGAGAUACCAAAUUGAACACGAGAACGAACCUUUUGCCCCUGGACCCGCUUUCCCCUUCGUCAAGGCUCUGGAGGCAGUAAACGCUCAGCUUCGUGAGUUGUAUCCGCAAAGUGAAGAGCUCUUCGACAUUGUCCUAGUGACGUACAACCACGCUCACGUAGGCAUCCGCCUCAUCAACACCAUCAACCAUCACAAUCUGUUCAUAGAGAGAUUUUGCAUGACGGGUGGAAGCAGUCCCAUCGGCUAUCUUAAGGCCUGGCACACCAACCUCUACCUGUCGGCUGAUGCAGACAAGGUCAGGGAGGCGCUGGCUGAAGCACCACAAGACAACAUAUUGACGUCCGCUAUGUUUAGACCCUGCGGGGAGAAUUCAACGCAUGACCAAACACCUCAAGGCAUAGCGGCGGCCACCAUGUUCAUGCCAGACAAGCUAACAGAAGUGUCCGAGUCCCAGCUGAGGGUGGCGUUUGAUGGUGACGCCGUUCUCUUCUCUGACGAGUCAGAGCGCAUCUUCAAGGCCCACGGGUUGGACAAAUUCUUUGAACACGAGCGCGAAAAUGAGGACACACUACUGGACCAUGGUCCACUGAAAGGUUUUCUGGAGGCCCUCGGAAAGCUGCAGAAGAAGUUUUACGCAAAAGGCCAACGCCUGGACUGCCCGAUUCGGACCUUCUUAGUCACGGCCCGAAGCGCGGCCAGCUCCGGGAUCCGAGCCCUGAAGACCCUCAGGGCCUGGGGUCUGGAGAUUGACGAGGCGCUGUUUCUGGCGGGGGCACCCAAGGGCCCCAUGCUGGAGAAGAUCAGGCCUCACAUCUACUUUGAUGACCAAAUGUUUCACGUGGAGGGCGCGGCCGAGAUGGGCACCGUCGCCGCACACGUGCCUUACGGCAUAGCGCAGAAACACAACGCCAGGGACAUCUCUGGUGUGGGCAAGUAGACAAGAUUGAGCUUGUACAGACAAAUGUGGAUAUGAAGUUUUACGAAAAAGACUGAUGGACUUUUAUGAAAAGACUGUCCUAUCUGUUGUAGGAAUGUUCCUUACUAAUGGUUCUUAUCCUCAAGCUAGUUCUCGCUGCUUAGAGACACAAAAUGAUCCUCACUGUGAAUUGAACAAGCCGGCAUUACAGUCGGCAGUUAUAGUAUAGUCAUAAGAAAGUCAGCAUAUAUGUAUGAUGAACGUCACAGAUGUAUUUUUUUUUUUUUGGUAGCCUACUAAAUGUAUUUCAUAUUCCUGAAGAUCGCAAUCUUAUCUUGCGAGGCCAAAACAAAUACAGCUUUCAGUUAGUGCCUUUUUGCCGAUGAAUGCACUGUUAGCAGCGUUAGCGGCACACAACUUGGGGCAUGGUUUUGCACUGGUAACGCCAUAAAACAGAAAAUGAACACUGCUAUUUUCCCUUUGGAGCCAAACGGGCAAAAAGUUACCUCCAUGGAGGAUGCCAUGUUUCUAUCGAGCGAUGUAUCUGAUCGAAAAAAUUGAGGCACAUGCAGGAGGUGUACAGUAAUCCCUCGUUUAUCGCGGUUAAUUGGUUCCAGACCAGACGUUGACUUUCCACACAAAUUUCCACGAAGCAGCAUUCAAUAUUAAUAAACGAAAUAUUUUUGUAAUGAGAGCAUAGAAAACCUGUUUAAAUACGGGUUUUAACAUUAUUCUUUGCCCUGUAGACAUGAAAUAACACCCGACAGUCACUUUUACACUCCUACAUCACAUUGCACAAGCUACGGGAUCACUGCUGCCAGCAUAACAAGCUACCAAGCUAACUAGUUAGCCUCUCCAAUUUACGUAUUCUAAACUUAAGAAAGUGUUUCAAACGGAGUGGGGAAGAAGCACAAAGAAGCCAAAUACGUACCACUUCCACACAGAAUGAAAGGACUCAGCUCUAUUGGCUCAAUAGCCAUUCUCCAUGCAGUGUGAAAGGUCAUGUACAGGUAAUCUAACAUCAUGUCUCAUAACAUUACUUAUGCCUAGUGACCAGAAUACUACAUAAAACUUGUCUUUCAGUAUUUUUUUACUAAUAAUAAGCCAUAGUCAACCAUGAAGCAGCGAUCAUUUAUUAAUUCUUUUUUUAAAAACCAUGAUAUAGUGCGGGAGCGAUAUUCAAACCGUGAUAUACGAGGGACGACUGUAUUUCUGCGUUCAAAAUUGUUUGAGCUUGCAAGCUCAACUUAGUAGGAAGAUUUUCUGGUAGGCAGAACUAUAUGGCUAAGAUAAAUGACAUUAAUUAUAUUUUUUUUUUUUGCAAACAACUGCAGUAUUUAC